CGGUCAAUAGACGAAUAGCAGGGAGGCCGGAGGCGCUCUCGAGGUUCGUGGGUGUUCUCAGCCCGGAGCUGGAGAGCCUUUGAGGCUGUCUAUAUCAUUGAUAUACAUAUAUACAUUUUUUUUUUCUUCACCGUGGUGAAACGGUCGACGCGCGAGUUGAAACAAGGAGAGAUGUUCCGCGAGGAAGUGCGCGUUACGUACACGUCGGCCUGAACGUGCUGUGUUUCUCGAAAGAUGCUGCCGUUGUGCAAAGCGACGACAGAGGAGGCGCCUUCGCGAAACUGUCAGAAAGAUCGUCGUUGUCGUACGUGAGUCAGUGCGCUCGGUGGAUUGAAAGAAGGCACGUACGUACAAAAUGGCUUCGGGCGACAAUGUGGACGUGAUCGAAGUGGUCGAGACAAGCUUCACUGGCCCGGUGCAAGCCACGGAGGAUCAUCUCAGACCGGAACAGUAUGCGGACGAGGACAAUAAAUCUACAGGGGAUAAGGUGACAGCAUUUGACAGCUCCAUAAAUCAGCAUGGCACCACGGGGCCCAAAACCCCUGUGGGGGUAUCGAGGAACAAAUCGGAACGAGAGAGGAAGAUCGGUCACAGGAGAGUUGGAGUGGGAGGUGAAAUCACGUACAAAAAGAUCCAAACGACACAAAUCAUGGGAUCCAUCCAGCUUGGUAUCCAGCACGCGGUCGGCGGUUUGGCUAGUAAACCAGAGCGUGAUUUACUGAUGCAAGACUUCAUGACGGUAGAAACGACGAACUUCCCGAGCGAGGGAUCUAACCACACUCCUGCUCAUCAUUUCUCCGAGUUUAAGUUCAAAAACUACGCACCCAUUGCAUUUCGUUACUUUCGCGAUCUCUUUGGCAUUCAACCGGAUGACUUUCUGAUGUCGAUGUGUAGCGCUCCGUUACGCGAAUUGUCGAACCCGGGCGCUAGUGGAAGUAUCUUUUAUCUAACAGAUGAUGACGAGUUCAUCAUAAAGACUGUACAACACAAAGAAGGAGAAUUUUUACAGACGCUUCUUCCAGGAUAUUAUAUGAAUCUAAAUCAAAAUCCGAGGACGUUAUUGCCAAAGUUCUUCGGGUUGUAUUGCUAUCGGUGUAAUAGUAAAAAUGUUAGAUUAGUCGCUAUGAAUAAUCUUCUACCCUCAUCGGUGAAACUGCAUCAGAAGUACGACUUGAAAGGAUCGACGUACAAGAGAAAGGCAUCGAAAUCGGAAAGGUCCAAGUCUUCCCCAACGUACAAAGACUUGGAUUUCAUGGAACACCAUCCGGAGGGGAUCUUUUUGGAGGCGGACACAUACAGCGCUCUAGUUAAAACUAUCCAAAGAGAUUGUCGGGUGUUGGAAAGUUUUAAAAUCAUGGAUUAUUCUCUCCUCGUUGGUAUUCACAACCUUGACCAGGCUGCGAGAGAAAAAGCGCAGGAGCAGAGAUUAUCAGCGAGCGCGGAGGAAGAAAUCGGCGAAGUCGGAGGUGAGAGUGCAGCAUUUACUCAAGCAGAAAGAGAACGGGAACGGGAGGAUAGAAUAGGUGCCAGCGCUCUGAACCGAUCGCGAAGCAUAAACCGACAAAGGUUGGUUGCGCACAGUACCGCUAUGGAAAGUAUUCAGGCUGAAAGCGAGCCGAUAGACGAGGAGGACGACGUACCCAGUCCAGGUGGAAUUCCCGCCCGUAAUGCUCGCGGCGAACGCCUGUUACUCUUCGUUGGUAUUAUUGAUAUUUUGCAAAGUUACAGGCUCAAGAAAAAAUUGGAACAUACCUGGAAGUCGAUGAUACACGACGGCGAUACUGUAUCAGUACAUCGGCCAGGUUUUUACGCGCAACGUUUUCAAGAUUUCAUGGCGAAGACAGUAUUCAAAAAGAUACCGUCACUGGACCUGCCUGAGAUUAAGGGGAAUCAUCGCAAAUUCCGUAACCUCGUCACCAGCUACAUAGUCUUUGCUCAAACAUUGAAACAUUCCCCGUCGAAGAGAAAAAGCAUCACCAGGCCUCUCAGGCCCCUGGACGGCGACUUCGAUUCAACCGCGGUGCCGACAACCGGAACUUCGACAAUGCAUGCUACGUCACCCACGAAGGCUGUGACCCCGACAGACCCUGCGAUCAGCACGACCAGCACGGUGAUGUCGACCGGUUCGGCGCCGAUCGCCACUUCCACCCCGGUGAACUUCGCCUCGGGCCCGGUGAGCCCGCCUCCGUUGACCUUGGCCGCCGGUCCAGGCCCAAUCCCUCAUCAAGAGCAACCGGUGACGACCUCAGCGGCCAAGGUCACGAGCUAUCCAGCGGUACUGAAGGGCAGGACCGCCGCCAGUCCACCGAAUCCGAAUCUGGUACCCUCCGGCAAGAUUCCACCCCCCGUCCCUCCGAGAGGCACCGGUCAAUCGAGGACCGCGAGGUCCUCCGAGGAGCACCGUGGCCCUGCAACGGCCACAUCCACGUCCUCGAUGGCGUCCAGCCGAGGUGGCACCCUUCCCUCCACUUGUUCCACCCCGCCCCCGCCCUUUGACGAUGCAGUGCGCUCAAACGACCAAACCCUGGCUUCUGGCGGUCAACUUCAACAGGGUGCACCGACCACCAUCUUAACCAGCAGUCUAAGCAGUGCUCAGUCCAAGCAGAACAAGGUUGUGCACCACGUCACCCUCACAAAGACUUAUCACGAUGCCGUGAGCAUAUCGGACGUGCACUUGGAGAGCAGCGGUAGCGGAAGCGGAAGCGGCGGCAGGGAAACGAAGUCUUCGCUGAGCGUGGAAAGCGGUGGCAGCAGUCGUGGCGGCGGCGGUUUGACCUGGACACCACCGGCGGGCAGUGCCGAGGGUUCAACGCCUACCUGGACAGAAGGCACGCCGUCUUUCACCGAGAGCUCGAGCAGCGGUGACGCAGGUUGCCCAACCACGCCGAUCAGGGGUAGCCAGCGUCAGGAUGACGGAGGGAGAAUCGUUACCACCGUCGAGGAGGCGUUGGCAAGUCUUACUACGGAAAUGAAAGAAACGAACGACGCGAGGAACGAUUUCGUGGAACAGAGAAGGUCCCAUUCGGUGUACAGUCAAGUGAGAACGAGUUUCAAGCGUGCCAGCGCGAGCCACGUGUCGAUCAUGAGGAGCGUGCAAAGAGUGUUAAAGGUGCAACGCAGGGAGCCAUGAGGGUCCAAACGAAGCGGCACCAGCAGAGUAGAUCGAAAUUUUUCGGACAACGAAAACCGACGAAGUUGCAAUUUGUGGAGAAACAAAGAUGGGAAACCUGGGCUUUAAAACCGGAGAACCAGAGAGGAAAAUUUCAGAUUUUAUCGUCGCGAUCUGUGAUCUGUGUGUCUAGAGGGCGUCUAGCACUGUUUCCUUUGAUGUUGAUCUUUAGAUAAAACGACAUUUUUACCGUUUCACGUACUCGAUCAUCCUUUUUCUUUUUUUUUUUUUUUUUAAAUACUAUCGAACGUAAAUAAUCAACGAAAAAUUAUUUAGCUCGUUUAACUGUCGUUUGAACGACAGUGUAACUUCGACUUUAAUCCUCUCGUGACUGUAGAUGUCAGCCUUACGUCUAAGUGUCUACUUAAUUAACUGCGUAAGACUUCGUUCUUUUUUCCCCGUUUUCUUUUCGUUGCGUCAACGUCAUCGCGUCAUACAUUCUUUUUUUUCAUAAUCGCGAACGAAUGAAAAAAAAGAAGAGAAGCAAUGUCACGAUCGACAAGAGGAGAAACGGGAAAACGAUCGAUCUCCUCGCGUGGUUUUGUAACGUUGAUGCAAACAUGCCAAGAAGAUGUCUGACGAUUUUCUUCGUGCUUCUAUUUUGUUUUCAAAUUAUCGAGACUUUGGCCGUUCAGGUUACUUUGUAAAUUCUCGGACUAAAUAACAUUUGGAGGACAAGGCAAAGUACGAAAGAAUCUCGAAGCUGCAUCGUUGUUGGAAAGGAAGUCGAAGACAAAUUUUAUUUUAUUAACGUUUAAAAAAAUAAAAAGAGGGAAGAUGUAGAUAUUUUGAUCAGUAUUCGUUCGAUACUUUCACAGUCGAGUACAAAAAUUAUGCGUUAUAGCUUCACUUCGAUUUUAUUACCCGAAAGCCGGUCCUUUCGUCUUUGAACAAAGCUGUAGAAACUCGAUUUGAGUAGAUUCCCGUAAGAGAAUCGUAGAAAGGUGCCAUUAAGAAUCUGCAUGGAGAGAGAGAGAGAGAGAGAGAGAGAGAGAGAGAAAUGAGUGCAAUUACGAGCGAUUGCAGUCGCUGGAAUAAAUAACCCUUUAACCGAGCAGUACGCGUUACACAGAAAAACGAUCUUUCAUUAAUCGAAACGCGUUUGUAUUCAUUUCUCAAUAUCCUUAACAUUCAUUUUCACAUUCUAUCGCCAUCUCUCGCUGUAUCUCGAAAUCUAGUUGCCUGGUCAAGGGCCUGGUUAAAGAGUUAAAACGACAGUUGUGGAUCGGUUGCACUCGCGCAACUCUCGAUAUAUCUCGAGCGUAUACUUAUGUACGGUUUUGUAACGUUCUAAUUUAAGAGCGACUGGAAACGCUCCGCUACUAUUUUUUAACUGUUCUCGUAAAGAACCAGAGUUCUUCUUUUUUUUUUUUUUUUUCUAUUUUCGAUUUCUAUUUCCCGUUGCACGAAAGAGGAAAAAGAAAAACGAGAGAAGAUGUCGCGGAGGAAAGGCGGAUCCAUUUCUGUCUCGUUCGAGAAGAUAAGGGUACGUAUGUUACGUGGAAAUGUACGUAUCAAUGAAAUGCGUAAAAAAAUAAACUCGUCCCGGUAUAUUAUACGUAUUAACGUUGAAGCGAAAAGUACGAAAAGAUCCGGAUGCAUAAUGCGAACGAUUGUUGUUCAAUCGCGCUGUUGCGAGAUAAAAUUGUCACUUAGAUAUUUCGGCAAUACAUGCUAUACACUAUGAUUAUGAUCACUACCAUUAUGAUUAUUACUAUCACCAUGAUUACUGAUAUUAUUUAAAUAAAGCAGUUACUAUUA